AUGAAUUCCUCCUCUGACAAUUGUGCAAGCUGUACUCGAAGAGUAUAUGUCAUUGAAAAGGUGGAAGCAAACAACCACAUCUACCACAAACAGUGCUUCAAGUGCAAAGAAAACGGCUGUCGUUUGACAAUUGCCAAUUUUCACUAUCAUGAUGGCGAGCUAUACUGUCCAAAGCACGUUCCAAAGCUUCAGGCUGUUGUUUUGACGCCAACAAAGAAAAGAGUACAGCCAGCAGACUUCAAUAUGGGUCGUCUCUAA